UUUCACUGAAACAAAACACUCGAAACCUCUUGAAAUUCCACUUCGUUUGUUACUCUAUAUUUCCACAUCUUGCUUUCUUGCCAAUGCGAGACGCUAAAGUAGAGAGUGAAUCUGUUUUUAGUUGGAUUACAGUGUCAAAUAACUUCAUGAUGUCGUCGGCGUUUUCAGCAAGGAUUUUAUUUUAUCCAACUCUCUUGUGGAACGUGGUCAUGGAGAGUAGUUCACGAAGAUGGUACGACAGAAUUGAUUCUACUCUUAUCUUAGGAGCUUUACCUUUUAAAAGCCAAACCAAACAGCUUGUCGAAGAAGAAAAAGUGAAGGCAGUUGUCACAUUAAAUGAAGAAUAUGAGACAAAAUACUUUUCGAACAGUGCUGAGGAGUGGUCAGCUUGGGGAGUAACGCAGUUGCGCCUUGAGACAGUUGAUUUCAAUAAUGCACCACCACAGGAGAUGUUAAAGAAAGGAGUUGAGUUUCUAGAGGAUAUGACGUCAAAGGGAAACACGGUGUAUGUGCAUUGCAAAGCUGGACGUGGAAGAAGUACAACACUAGUAGCUUGUUAUCUUAUGAAGAAAAUGUCAAUGACGCCAAUGCAAGCACAUUCCUACAUUCAGGCCAAGAGACCUCACAUCCGACUUGGAUCUCGACAAUGGGAAGCCAUUCAUGAAUAUUAUCAACAACUGACGGGCUCCAAGAGCCUCUGAUUAUUUCUUAAUUCAGUCGUUAGGGCUGGACUGUCUAUAUGAUUUGUAUUUAUCUUAUAUAAUUAGCUAUUUUUAUAAACUACAUUGGACUUGGAUCUCAACAAUGUGAAGCCAUUAAUAUAACCAACAACUGGCUGGCUCCAAGAGCCACUGAUUAUUUUCAAAUUCAGUCAUUAAAGCUGGACUGUCUAUAUAAUUUGUAUGUAGUGUUUAAAAAGCGAGUAGGAGUGUUUUAUCAGGUAUAAAAGCACGAGGCGUAGCCAAGUGCUCUUAUACCUGAUAAAACGCGAUCUACGCGUUUUUUGAACUGCUUAAAACACCCA